UUUGCUGCUUCUCCGCCCUCCGAGAUGGCACUGGACCCCGCAGAGCAGCAUCUCAGACAUGUUGAAAAAGAUGUUCUGAUCCCAAAGAUAAUGAGAGAAAAGGCCAGGGAGAGGUGCUCUGAACAAGUUGAAGAUUUUACCAGAUGUUGCAAGGACUCUGGGAUCCUUAUGGUAUUAAAAUGCCAGAAAGAGAAUUCUGCAUUGAAAGACUGUCUAACUGCUUACUAUAAUGAUCCAGCCUUCUAUGAAGAAUGCAAACUGGAGUAUCUCAAGGAAAGGGAAGAAUUCAGAAGAACAGGAGUUCCUACCAAGAAAAGGCUUCAGAGGGUUCCCACAAGCAUGUAG